GGUGUGAUUUAAUUUAUUUCAUUCUCAAGAAUAACCCGAUCGGACCAGCAUCUGCAGUGAACAUUCUAUCGCAAGCUUCUCUUCACGUUGUAUUUUUAAGUGACUGUUUUCUCUUAUCUUUUUAACUAAAUUUAGUUUGUUCACAUUUUAUAUAAAAUAUUGACAUUUUCUUGGGAGUCUGUCUCCAAUAUAAAUAAAUAUAUGACGUCAUUUCAACAUAAAAACACAUUUCGCUGUGGUUGUUGCAACAGAAUUUUGUUGCUCUUCGACAGCAAACAUGACGACGAAAAUUCUGUCACAAAAUUGUCUUGAAGCUAUCGUCACUCAUACAGCCAUCAACGAAAUUAUUUUGGGAACUUUUGUCACGAUGGAUGCAGGUUUUGUCCUUUAUUUUUCUUUAAAGUAUGAAGACACUAAAUUUGAGUUCCGCUUAUAUUAUUAUUAUUUCUUAUUGGUGGUUGGAAUAUUAUCAGUUUUUACAGGAUCACUUUUGUUUCAUAGUGUGAGGGAGAAAAAGAAGAAAGGAAUUUUGACUUGUUUGCUUAUAACUCUAGUGGUUAUGUUUGCAGCUAAACUAAUUUCGGGAAUUUCUGUGGAUAAAGUGAUCAAGAAAUUUUCUAAACAGAAUGCUGCACAGUGAUAUGGCUGUAUUUUCUUAUUUUAUUUUUUAUCCUAUGAUUUUACUGUCUUCGUGGUAUAUUCAAUCAUGUGUGUUGUUAUUCCAUCAAAUCACCCGGAAUAAUGUUUCUGUGGUUGAAAAUAUGAAUCAAUAAAGAGUGAAUCACGAAUUUCAAG